AUGGCUAGGAUCCCAGUUUUAAUGUUGCUGCUGGUAUGCAGCAGUCUUACCACAGCAAAAGGGAUCGACGACAAAUCGAAAGUAUCAGAACUACUUGAGAAAGGAAUUAAAGAGGGAUCAUCAGUUAAAGGAGUGAAGAGAGGCAUUUUUUCUACUGGUCACUUCGGUUCUCCAUUAGGUCUCGGUUUGGGCGGAGGAAUCGGUUACAGUAGUGGAAUUAGUUAUGGCGGUGGAAUUAGCUCGAUAUCAGCUGGACCCGCCGUAUCUAUUUCAUCUGCGCCCGCUGUAUCUAUUUCAUCUGCACCCGCUGUAUCUAUUUCACCUGGACACGCGUUGGGUAUUUCUUCUGGAAUAUCUGCCGGACCUGCGAUAGCAGUUGGAUCUGGAUACGGUUUAGGAUCUGGAUUAGCAAUUGGAUCUGGAUUAGGUGCUGGAUCUGGAAUAGCUAUUGGGUCAGCCGGCCCUGCGAUAGCAACAGGUAUUGGCGCUGGUGGAGCUAUUGGUCUUGGCGGAGCUAUUGGUCUUGGCGGAGCUAUUGGUCUUGGCGGAGCUAUUGGUGGUGGUUCAGGAAUAGCAAUCUCUGCUGGACCCGGUAUAGCCGUUGGAGGUGGAGGAGGUGCCCAAACAUCAGUCUCUGUUGAACCAAACCCUGUAAUUUUGCGCCAAGAAGUACCAAGAUUCGUAACCAGAACGAUCACCCGCGACCGACAGGUGCCUGUUCCAGUAUCGGUGCCCGUACCUGUUGAUAGACAAGUACCAGUGCCAGUACGAGUACCAUACCCAGUGGCCGUAGAUCGACCAGUCCCCGUUGUUCACAGAGUGCCGGUGGAGAUUACGCGAAAUGUCCCCGUGUAUUACGAGAAAAGAGUGCCAUAUCCAAUUAAAGUGCCAGUUUCGGUUCCUGUACCAUACCCAGUAACAGUAGAGAAGCAAGUCGCUGUUGACCGUCCAGUGUAUGUAGACCGUCAAGUGGCAGUACCGCAACCUGUUUACGUGGAUCGUCCAGUCAGAGUGCCAGUGCCCGUACAAGUGGACAGGCCCGUACCCGUACCGCAGCCCGUGGUCGUGAACAGGCCCGUACCCGUACCUCAGCCCGUUGUUGUGGAAAGGAGAGUCCCAGUCGCUGUAGGCGUAUCCUCAGGUCUUGCCUCAGGAAUUAGUUCUGGCAUAGGUAUUGGGUCAGGAGUGGGUUUGGCCUUGGGCUCAGGAGUGGGUUUGGGAUCAGGAGUGGGAUUGGGCUCAGGAGUGGGCUUGGGCUCAGGAGUGGGCUUGGCGUUGGGGUCAGGGGUGGGCUUGGGCUCAGGAGUGGGCUUGAGCUACGGCUCAGGAGCGGGUUUGAGUUACGGCUCAGGAGCGGGCUUGAGCUACGGCACAGGAAUUGGCUCAGGCUAUACCGUCGGAAUAGGUUCUGGAAUCAGUUCGGGUCUUAGUUCAGGAAUUCGUAUCUCAUCGGGUCUUGGAUCAGGGUAUUCUCUAGGAUAUGGUUACGGCGCCGGUUACGGUUUGUCCGGUCUUUCUUCAGGCAUCGGUCACUCAAUUGGCGUAACCAAAUUGAUCUCCAGCUACCCAAGCACUAUUGUUCACCAUAGCCACUAG